AUGCUCAUUCAUGAGGUUUGUCAUACUGAUGAUACUAGCUGCCACAGGCUGUCCUCCCCCAAUGCUGACUUUGCCUUUGCCCUCUACAAAAGUCUGAAGGCCAACACUGCUGCUGGAAAGAACAUCUUCUACUCACCACUGGGAAUCUCCAGCAUCCUGGCCAUGGUGUCUGCAGGAGCUGGAGGUGAAACCCACAGCCAGCUGUUCUCCACCUUGGGCUACAGCGCCUUCAACCAAACCCAGGUCAAUGAAGCGUACAAACAUCUCUUUGAGGUCCAUGGACACAGUCAGGAGAAUCUACAGCUGGAUGUAGGAAGUGCUGCUGCAGUGCGCUCUGGCUUCAAUCCUCUGGAGACGUUCUUGAAUGAUGUCAAGGAGUUUUACUCUGGUGAGAUCUUCAACGUCAGCCAGGAUCUCUCUGAGGCUGCAGCUGAGAUCAACAGAUUUAUUGCAAAUAAAACCCAGGACAAGAUCAGAGACAUGGUGAAGGACUUGCAUCCCAGAAUGGUCAUGGUGCUGAUCAACUACGUCUACUUUAAAGGUAAUGUGCUGAUUUGAAUUCAGGUCAUCUCACAGGCCAACUAUGGAGCAAGAGAUAAACCAUCAACAUGUAAAACAAACCAAGGGUGUGAAUUGCCAGGGAGGAUGGGGGGGGGGUUCUGAUAUCCCCCCCUUUGAUGAUAAGAUGAUACAUUUUCAUCCUGGGAGGGUAUGUUUCAUCCCUGCCCCUGCUCCAACUGAAUGCCCAUUGCAGCGCAGUGGCAUGUUUAUAAUUUGCAUGUGAAAUUAUACAUAGUAACCAAUCACAGCUCUGCCCGCUUGGUGCAGUCUGCCUCUUGUAAGCACAAUGAGUAGCUGACAGAUAUGUCAAUCAAUCAGCACUUACAACCUCAUCCAUUUUAUUCUCCCGCCUCAACUUUCACGAGCCAAUGACAGCCCAGUUCACUGAUAUAAACUUACUGGUAGUUCAUUUACCCAGUUAGCUCAAACAGCAGCAUGUCCAAACAACCAAAAUUAUCUACAAGCGAGCACAAAAGGACAUUGCUAAAAGAGGAAGGAUUUCUGAAGCAAUGAGAGACAUUCUUCAGAUUUAUAUUUACAGUGAAUGUUAGUGGGAAUCCUGAUGGCUCUAACCCCGCAGCCGCAGGAUCUACCUAGCCAUUGGGCAGGUGCAGCCAUCUCAGCAGUUUAAUGGAACUGAAGAGACUUAACGGACUUCCUACGAACUGUACAGAGGACUACCUGGCUCAGAAAACUGAAAAGAUUCUC